UAUUUCAUUUCCACGCCAACCAUCGUGCGCCGCGGUUUGAACGCUCCUGCCACAGGAAAAGAAAAUAAAAGCAAGGAAAAUCCUAAAUCCUAAUCGAAUACCAAAUACCGUGCUUGUGUGCUCUUUCCGCAAUUGAUUUUUUUUAAGCAGUGCAUGACAAUAACCGUUGAGUUGACUCCAUCAGAAGUAACUACAACUACAACUACAACUGGAAGCUGACAACAGCCAUUGGCCGAAUCUCAUCUCACACCGAGCGAACUACGUCAGCGACGGCGACGCCAGCGUUUAUUUAUUAAAACCGAUUACAUUACAACAAACACCAAAGUCCUGGACUACCGAAGAUACCGAACAGUGUGUGCGAGAAAAGCGAAGCAGAGAGCAAGGAGGAGCGCCGUGAGAGCGCGCGCGCAAGGAUUUCCGAUUGCAGAGAGAACUUAGCAAUUAGUUCGCUUUGUUUGCUCAGCCAAACAACAACAACAACAAGCAACCAGCUCCCCAAAACCAACAACACACACACACUCGCUCUCUAAACUAAAACAAUGGACUUUAUUAUGGCAAACACCGGAGCUGGCGGCGGAGUGGACACACAGGCACAGCUGAUGCAGAGUGCAGCGGCAGCGGCAGCAGUGGCGGCAACGAACGCGGCUGCCGCUCCCGUACAGAAUGCAGCCGCCGUGGCUGCUGCCGCCCAACUGCAGCAGCAACAGGUGCAGCAGGCGAUCCUGCAGGUGCAGCAGCAGCAGACACAGCAAGCGGUGGCCGCGGCCGCUGCGGCCGUGACCCAGCAGCUCCAACAGCAGCAGGCCGUCGUGGCCCAACAGGCUGUGGUGCAGCAGCAACAACAGCAGGCGGCGGCGGUGGUGCAACAGGCGGCGGUCCAACAGGCUGUGGUGCCCCAGCCGCAGCAGGCGCAGCCCAAUACCAAUGGCAAUGCUGGAUCGGGAUCGCAGAAUGGCAGCAACGGCAGCACGGAGACGCGCACAAACCUCAUUGUCAACUACUUGCCGCAAACGAUGACCGAGGACGAGAUCCGUUCGCUCUUCUCCAGCGUCGGCGAGAUUGAGUCGGUGAAGCUGAUACGCGACAAGUCGCAGGUCUACAUCGAUCCACUCAAUCCGCAGGCGCCCAGCAAGGGCCAAAGCCUGGGCUACGGCUUCGUUAACUAUGUCCGGCCGCAAGAUGCCGAGCAGGCUGUUAAUGUUCUAAACGGUCUGCGACUGCAGAACAAGACCAUUAAGGUGUCGUUUGCCCGCCCGUCGUCCGAUGCUAUCAAAGGCGCCAACCUUUAUGUGUCGGGGCUGCCGAAGACGAUGACCCAGCAGGAACUGGAGGCCAUCUUCGCGCCAUUCGGAGCCAUAAUCACAUCGCGCAUUCUGCAGAACGCCGGCAACGAUACGCAGACGAAGGGCGUGGGCUUCAUUCGAUUCGAUAAGCGGGAGGAGGCCACAAGGGCCAUCAUUGCCUUGAACGGCACCACACCAUCCAGCUGCACAGACCCCAUAGUGGUAAAGUUCUCCAAUACGCCUGGCAGCACCAGUAAGAUCAUCCAGCCGCAGCUGCCCGCUUUCCUCAAUCCCCAACUGGUGCGACGCAUCGGGGGCGCCAUGCAUACGCCAGUGAACAAGGGUCUGGCCCGCUUUUCACCAAUGGCCGGCGACAUGCUGGACGUAAUGCUGCCCAAUGGACUGGGAGCGGCGGCGGCGGCGGCCACAACGCUGGCCAGUGGGCCUGGCGGCGCGUAUCCCAUAUUCAUAUACAACCUGGCGCCGGAAACGGAGGAGGCUGCGCUGUGGCAGCUGUUCGGUCCAUUUGGAGCUGUGCAAUCGGUGAAGAUUGUCAAGGAUCCCACAACGAAUCAGUGCAAGGGCUACGGCUUCGUUUCGAUGACCAACUACGACGAGGCGGCCAUGGCCAUUCGGGCGCUCAACGGCUACACCAUGGGCAAUCGGGUGCUGCAGGUCAGCUUCAAGACCAACAAAGCCAAGUAGAGCGCCAGCGGCCCAAAUGGAUGUGGACGAGGACGCAGCGGGAGCCAGCCCCAACCCCAACCCCAACCGCCAACCGCCACUCCAACUCCAACCAUUAUCUUGAAUCUAAACAACCUGACCACACAACACACAUAUAUAAAUAUGCAUGGUAUAACGGUAACUAAGCGCAACAAAACAGUAUGUGUACAACACACAAGAAAAGAGAAACAAGAACGAGGAAGUGAAAGUGAAAGUAGCAGGCAGGAGAAAAUACUCUUUCCACUAAACGACAACGAAACGGCGGAAAACACCCUAGAUCACCCUAGAUCCCCAAAAAACACAAAUCUCCGCAAAAACCGCCGGCCAAAAGCGUUGCAAUAGAAAAAUUCUUCUUGUUUAGCAUUUAAGUAAAAACAUUAACUAAACGAAGCAAACAAAAGAAGUUAAAAGUUCGGUAGAAGCAAAAAGGCAGGGGGUCGAGAAUCAGAAUGAGUAUAAGUAUGAGUAUGAGAACAAUGAGAUUUUAAGGGAAUAUUGCAAAAUGAAACAUAAACACACACUGUGGCACUGGCAGUGGCAGCUGUGAAAGGUCAAAGGUUGGCACAGUCAGUUGGCUAGUCACAAAGCGUAAACAAAGAAAUCAACCAAACACACACACAAAAACGAAAACAAAAACAAAAAAACAAAUUUAACUUUAUUAGCAAAAAAGAAAAUGAGAAAUUUUAAAAAUUUAUUAACUCUAAGUAAAACGCAGCAAUGAAAUCUUCCAAACAAAAGAAAGCAAAACAACAAAUCUGUUUGUUACACUUCAACUUUUUCUACCAUAAAAACUUUGAAUCUCUUGAUACUAAAACCCAAAACAGAAUUAAGAAAAUAGAGGAAUUCAGUGUCUACACUUUAUACAUAUACGGUGCUUGAAGGACACCAGUUUGGCUUGAUCUAUGAUAAAAAGAGAGCGCAGGAUGAAGAGUAUUUGAGGGGCAAUGAGGAGGAUCGCGCAUAUAGUAGAUAUAUAUGCAUAACAUGGAGGCUGCUACAGUAUUACGAGAAACAUAAACAUAAACAUAAACAUAAAAACUACAUACUUAAUGAACGAGCACGUUUAAUAAUUCUAAAAAUAUAUGUUUAUCCAUAUGUAUAUGCGAUAAUUCUAUGUCUGCCUAGAUAUACAACUAAAUAUAGACAUUUAAAGUGUUUUUUAUGUUUCGUAUUUGUUUUCUACACUAAGGAAACGAAUUCCGAUUGCAUCAAGCCAAACUUAUGUCCAUCAAGCACAAGUAAACUCAGUGAGAACUGAACAAGCAAGAGCAUAUUGAAAUCAUGAAGAAUGAAUGACAGAAAGCUAGCGACGUGAAAACAAAAGUAAUACAAUAAUUUAUGCGCAAAUUUAAAAUGUUUUACUAAAGUAAAUAAUUGUUAGUGAAUAUUGAUACUGUAAAUGUGCGCGUGUGCACACAGGUGCAAGUGCCUGCAGAUAUAUACGACGCUAUAUACGAUGCUGGCGUAGGCACACCCUAUAUACUUUAUAUAAUGUAUAGUUCAAGGAGCAAGUAAGCAUAAACCAAAAGAAAAACUAAAACAAAACAAAACAAAACAAAACACUUGCUAAACCAAAACAAUUUUAGCGUUAAAAACAAAGCGUAGCACAAAAAAUUACUAAAAACCAAAAGUAGAGCAGCAGCAACCAUUUUUUAUAUAACAACAACCAAGUAAGAGGAGAUCAAGUGAAGAUGCAGGCAAAAGUAUAGCAAAGAGGUUUUUCUAGCUAAGUAAGGUGCUAAGGGACAAAGAAAACGGCUGCGUAAAGACAAGGACUUAUCCGCAUCCUGCUUAUAUAAGACCCUACUACAAACCCGUGUCCAAACCUACAACUUUUGUGGAUCUUUUGCGUUACUUUAUCAGUUCGACUUCUGUAUGUUUCUUUGCUUCUAUGGAUAGUUGAAGCGAGAGAGUAAUACACAACACAACACAACACACACACACAUAAGCAUCAGUAUAUAUAUAAUUUCGAUUCUGGACUCUAUAUUCCGUAUUUGAAUUUGAAUUUGGUUUUGUUUGAUUUCUUUGUUUGCUUUGUACACGAAUUGAACUUAAUACUUAAGCUUUUGCAUCCAGCCCAUAAAACCAAACCAGUCAGAUCCAACCAUGCAUAUUUAUACAAAUGAUUUGUGUUUAGUUUCUUUUUCGAAGUUUACCUUAGGAAACCCGCAACCGUUUUGAGUUCAUUUACCACUCUCCAAAUAGCAUAAAUUCUUGACCUAAGUUUCAACAAAGUUUGAACAAACUUUGAACAGAAAACAGAAUUGAACGGAACGGCAUCCAAAAAGCAGAUUAGGAAAUAGAAUUUAUUUUACUUUGAUUAUUAUUACGUCACCUAGCGCUAUGUGUAAUCAGACGUAUGUAUAUUACCAUAUAUAUGUAUAUCUAUUUUUUUUUAAUAAUUAUAGGGUAAAAAAUACUUUUUGUUUGAACAAAAUUCGCAACAAGAACUCUAGUCAGAAGAUGGAAAACAAGAAUAUUAUUACGAUGAGGCAGCCGCAUAUAGGGAGGAAUAGUAGAUCAAAACCAAAAGAACUAUGGCAAUUUGUAGCUAAUAAAACGAUUGAAUGGAAUGAUAGAAGCCGCCUGCUCUCCCCUUUCCAAAGAUUUACCCACUUGAAACCUCUAAGACGAAAAAGAAGCAAGGCAGCGGAAAGCGUCAAAGGAGAUUUCCAGAUGAAAAUGCAAUACAUUAUACACAAUCAACUAGUUUAUUUAUAUACCCACUUAAGAACACUCUGUGGGACAGAAGAACAGGAGAACAGAAUAGGAAAUCUUGUGGUAGCCAGGAUAAUACUUGUGCCAGGAUAGUACUUGAUUUUGUUUAGUUCGUAUUUCUGUCAUCACAUAUUUUUACACGCCACACAGACACAAUUCUUAAUUUAAUUUAAUUAACGAAUCCUUAUUUGCAUACAUGUAUAUGUAUACAUAUUUGUUUGUCAUUGAUGAUCAAAUUAAUUGUAUUAAUUAUAAUUAUUGUGCAAUAGUUUUAAAAUGCAACUGAAGGCAAAACACAGCAACAAAUUUUCAAGUAUCUCAAAUUAUAAUUUCGUUAGGUGAGGAAAACGAGAAAUGAAAUCAUAAAAUAUUUGAUCUUAUGUAACAUAAUUGUAUGAUUAUUCUAUACACCGCAAAACAAAACAGAUGAAAAAAAGGAAGAAAGAAUGCAAGGCAAGCCCAGCAACAACAACAAAAUUUAAGAAAAUAUAUACAACAAUUAUUUUUUAAGCGAAACUGUGUAUGUAUCACAUGCAUAUACAUAUUAAUAUCUCAUAAUUUUUCUUUACCAACAAUUUACCUAUUAAGUGAGCAAAGAGCCAAGAAAACAAACGAAAACGAAACAAAAAAGAUUAUUUAUUGUAUUUUAUAAUUACGUAAUUUUAUUUAAUUCAAUUUGAAUUCAAUAUUUCCUUGAUUUGAACCAAGCGACAAGGAACAAGAAGAUAAUGAUAUGAUAAAGAAUUAGUCUAAUUAUACACACACACACAACACAAGAACAGAGAGACAAGCAGGCAGAUAGAGAGAGAUAGAGAGAGAGAGAGAGAGAGGGGGUUAGAGAUAGAGAUAGAACGAUCUAUACAAGUCUAUAUGAAAUCUAUAACUUCCAACUCUCUCCUCCCAUUCUCACCUUUUCUUGAUACACGUCUCUAUUUACGCUAAUGUGCGAUUUAUAUUUAUAUUUAAUUUUGUACGUUGUAUUUCAUUUCGUUUUUAUUUCGAUUUUGUUUCACCAAAAACCCCUUUAUGUUUCAGCCUUAGUUUAAAAUUAUGAUUUUAUGCCAAACCCACUUGAAUUGUCACAAUUGUCAGCAACAAUAACACAACACAGCUAUUUAGUUGAUAUUCUAGCAAUAUUGGAUCUGCGAUCUGUGCGUAUGUUACUGCAAACUCCUGUGAAUCCUAUCGAUCGAAUAUUUAUAUUUUGACUAUUACUAUUAUUAUUUAGUACCACCUAUUUAUUUAUUCUUUUUUUCGGUUUGUGUAUUUUGCUUUUUUGUCUAAUUUUGCAACAAACAUGUUUACUCUUAUGAUUUUAUUUGAUUUCCGCACCAAACAAGUAAAAAAAAAAGAAAAAAUCCAAGAAAAAUUUUCUUUCAAUAAAAAGAAAUCUUGAUGAAAAUUUUAGCAUCAUUUUUAUUUGUUAUUAUUGUUUUUUGGUUUUGUUUGUUUUUUAAACACUGUACGACUUACGAUUAACCACCUCUUCUUUUCCAAAUCCUAUAUUAUGUUCCCCUCCCUCUUUCUCUUUCUCUCACUCUCACUCUCUCUCUCUCUCUCUCUCUCGUUCUGUGUCUUUCUGUCUCUCUCUAUUCGAAAGACCUCAAAUCCUCCGACAGUCACACGAAGAUGAAGGAAUCGAUCUAGUCAAGGCCCAUCUACAAAGAGGUGCCAUCGGAAUCCGUUGAUCUCAGCUUAAAGAAAAGACAUUAUCCCCAGACAUUCAAACAUUCAGACAUUCCCAGUCAGUAGUCAGUCAGUUGUGUUUGGUUUAGUAACUUUGGUUCGUAACUCCGCGAUCUAAGAAUGGGGGUAUCCCCCGUGUAAAAAGAGCCCAUUCCAGCAAUUCAGCAAUUCAGCAAUCCAGCAUUCCAGUUUUUGUUGCUUGGUGUAGACUCUGCCAGUUGCGAUAUUAUUUGUGUGCAAAGAAGAAUACUUUUAAUUUGUGUAAUGCCAUUAUGUUUAGCGCUUAUGAUAAAUGAAUCUCAUAGUUUAGUUUAGCGGAGAAAGUACGGUCUCUCCUACCUCUCCCUUAAUUUAUACAUUAUAUUAUAUUAUAUUAUAUUUGUGGGGUGGGGAUACAUAUAUUGCAACAGUUUCUGUGUAUGAUUUUGUCCCGCAUCUCUGUAUUGCUUAAUUCUGUGUAAUUUUUGUAAUUCUUAGAGCACAGUUUACCAUGUUUAUCUAUCAUUUCGAUGGGCAAUGGGCAGAGAACUGGAGAUGCUUAGCGAUAGCAUUAACGAAACACAAAGGAUACCUUUACCAAUCAUUAACAAGUAUAUGAAUAUACCUUUCUAUAUAUUAUUAUGAUUAAAUGAUUAUGAUAAUGACGACGUCGACGGCGAGAAAGAGGAAACUAUUUAAUUUAUUUUAUUAACAUAUUUAUAUCGAUUAAUUAAUUAAUUAAUUAAUAAUAUUUAUCACAUUUCAAAUGAUAUUUCAAAAUGGAAAACACUAAAAAAACGAAUACAAGCAAAUGAGAAAAAGAUAUUAAUAUUAUAAAUGUAUUUAAAAAUAUACGAUUAUGAGUUUUUCUUGCUUUUUGCAUAUAUAUGUAUUUCUCUCUAUAUAGUACAUAUCAGACACACCAAACUUUUGUUUCCGCAUUUGGUUCUGUUCUACUACUGAUUUGUUUUAGUUUCAGUUCCAGUUUAGACUAUUUUCGAUAUUCUUUCAACGUUUUAAUUGAGUUACACUUUUGAGAUUGUCUUUGGUACAAUAUACAUUCAUAGGUUGGGUGUUCUUUGCGUUCUUCAAUUUUUAUGAUAAUCUUAUAACAUUUUUCAUCGCAGACAGGUUUCUGUUCUGUUUCUGUUUCUGCUCUGUUCAUUUAUGGUUCCUUUCUACCGAAUAUAUUUUGUACAGUGUAUGUCAUACUAACACACACACCCACAUUACACACUCAGUUUCCAAAUAUGCCUAAGUUUGUUGUGUGUUCACUCUCUCGAAAAGAGUAUACCCUUUGUUUGCUCUUAUGAUUUCGCGCAGAGUAUUUUCACGUACGCUUUUUUGCUCCUACUGUAUUAAGCCAGCCGAGAAGGAAGAUAAAACUAUGAUGAUGAUAUGGCAUUACGCAUUACGUAUACGUAUAAGGAAGACAAACUGCUCCGAUUUUGGCAUUUAAGUUGUUCCCCUUUCGUUCCUUCCGUUGUGCAUAUGUUUGCAGCUAUACACAUGUGUUUUAAAUAUAUUUAUAUUUAUAUCCAUAUAUUUAUAUUUAUGUAUAGAUGUGUGUAUAGGCACACAUGUAUGUAUUACCGAUCGAUAUGUAGCCGAUUUUGGUUUCCGUUUCCGGACUUCCGGUUUUAUGUUUGUUGUUGCCGUUGUUAUACAUUGUACGUUAUGUAUUGUACGUAUCCUCACUUACUAUUUUUGUUUCGUGUGAUUUUCGGUAAGUAAGUAAUCGGAGAAGAUAGCGCAUCGAGAAUCGGCUAAGUCUAACGCCGAUCUCUACUAAUUUUGGCACACAUUUUUUCCCAAUAAACAUUUGGCAGCAAAACUGAUGAUUUCUCUAAAUGGUUUUAUUGAUCUCGUUUUAUUGAUGAUCUGUUUGUAGCAAAAUAAAAACUGUAAAGCUAACACAUUGCAUAUCCUGCAGCAAAAAGUAUAAUCAUUUAUAAAGAAUUUUCUAAUUUCUAAUUUCUUUCUCUUGAUUUAUUUCCAGGUGUGUGUUAUUGUUGUUCGUUCGAUUUUGAAUUGAAUUUAUGAAAAAAGAAACAACCAAAAAACAAACAUUUUCAAACACAUUUCCUCCAGUUGAAUUUCAAUUGAAUUAAUUGAUUACUUGGUUAAAGCGAUAAUGAUUGUGUAUAUAUAUUGAUUGAUUGAUUCAUUGAUUAACACUUAAUAUUAACUGUACUUAUUUGAAGCAUAUACCACAGAUGUCCACAGAUCCCACCCAGUCCUUUAUUCCAAAUCCCGGAUCUCAAAAAUCUCAAAAAUCUCCCAAAUUCUCAAAUCCCAAUCGAUGCACACACAUGAUUUGUAUUCCUCGUACACGUACAUAACCAGGAACCACUUACGUUUCGGAUUGUAUUUUCAAUAAGAAAAUCUAAGCGAGCAACAGAUUACAGAUAACAGAUUAUAGAUUACAGAUUAUUUUGAAUUUCAAAUUUCAAGGAAUUGGAACUUAAAGGCUUUUCCUAGUAUAUAGAUUUCAUUUUUAACCAGCAAGCACAAACCAGCAAUCCACCGUCUUCACAAUCACUACCUAUCAGUAUUAUCAGUAGGUAUUCAGUAGUCAGAUAAAUAUACAGCGAACUUUUAUACCCUUGCUAACGUUGAGUGAACAUUUGUUUUUACAUAGAUCCGAUCCGAUCCAGAUGCCUUUUAUCUUUUCGAACAUUGAACAUAAAAUAUAUUGGUAUUAUUUGAAAGACCUCAUAUUUUUGCAAAUACAAUCGUAGUAAGCGUUAGAGUAUUUAUUCUGUGUAAGAAAUAUUAUUUAUUUGGACUUAUACUCGAUUGAGUACGAAAAUUAAUAUAUUUCUUGAGUUAAUUGAAGUUAAAGCAAUCUCCGACUGAUGUAAAUAAAUCUGAUUUCGAUUUUCAUUCUUAUUUCGGUUUUCAUCGUGUGCCAGUCAUUCGUCCGUACAAUGUGAUUAUUUGUGAUUUGUCAUAUAUACUCGUACAUAUUUUCAAUAAGAAUAGGAGUAUUCUAAACCUAGUAUGAACCUUUGUUGUACAUUUUGAGUUCGAGUUUACAGUUCGAGAAGAAUUUAAGUUUUAUCCCAAUGCCAAUGAGCCGAAGAGCAAACGAACAGCAACCGAAGAGCCUCGACCACGACCACCCUCCACCCAGUGGUCCUAUAUCAUUAUAUAUAAUGUUAUAAUGUCUAGUUAUAGAGCGCCACCCUAUAGAUACGAUGUUUUGUCGUGAGAACGUAGAGCUGAAAUCUUUGUUUGAUUUCCGGGAUUUGAUUUCCCCGCAGCUUCCUUGUUUACAUUGUGAUCUCUGAUUUAAUCGUUGUUCUUCAGUUGACAUUUUGAAUAACUUUUCGACUGACUUUCCAAAAAUCGAAAGAAAAACGGAAAAACGGAAACUGCCCAAGGCAAAAAGCAAUGUGUGAAUUAAAUCUAAAAAUCAAAAAACCUAAAACUCUAAAAAUAAGCAAAUUAAAGGUUGAUAGCAACUACACGCAAAGACUGAGGAAAGCACAAAAAAAUAUAAAUGAAAACAGAGAAAAAUCGAAAAAUCGAAAAAUAGAAAAACCGAAAAAUCAAAAAGUUAAAAAUCGAAAAACAGGAGUCAAUAAAAAGAAAUAAGUCGUAGUACGUUAAGGCAACUGUGAUAAGGCGAACAAACCCCCCGCCAAGAACCCCCCUUCAGCAAACCGCCACCCAAAAAAAAAAAAUAUAUAUAUAUAUAUUAAGUACAAUGCAAUGGAAUAAAUGACUCUCCGAGAGACUUAAGUGCGACUUGUCUAGGCGUAAGACGAUCUCUGAAUAAUGUA